AUGGAAGUGAAGAUUAUCACCAUUUUCGGCGCCACUGGGAACCAGGGCGGAUCUGUGGCAAGGUCAUUGCUGAAGAAUCCAGCAUUCCGUGUCAGGGGAGUCACCCGCAACCCUACGUCAGAUGCAAGCAAAGCUCUGAGUUCCCAAGGCGCUGAAAUGGUAAAGGCGAAUGGCCUUGAUCCGGAAGAGAUGAGAGCGGCCUUUCGGGGAUCCUGGGGCGUCUUCCUGAACAUCAAUUCAGAUGACAAGGUUGGUCUUCAAUUUGCAUGCUGUGGUGAAAAUACACGAGACUUAUACUAUCAAAUUAAGAUAUUCACGAACCCAGAAAGCCCAACUGAAUUUGAUAUGGGCAAAAUUAUCGUGGACGCUGCGGCAUCCGAAGGAGUGCAACAUUUCGUGUUUAGCUCUGGUGCACCAUGCUCAGAGCUGACAAAUGGCAAAGUGGCAAUGAAAGCAAUGGACAUGAAAUACAAAACCGAGCAAUACAUCCGCAGUCUCGGAGUUUUCAAGUCGGUGCUUCCACUUAGUCCAGGGUGGUUCUUAGAGAACUUCCUCAGUAAGGAGGCGGCACCCAUUUUUGGAGGUUUUCCUCAUUUCCCAAAUGACGAAGGACGCCUGGUUUUCCGGACGCCCUACUGGGGUGGCAAGGAAGAUGUGCCCUGGCUGAGUAUCUCUGACGAUUUCGGAGAUAUUGUGCAAGGUGCUCUGCUGAACCCAGAGGCAUGGAAUGGUCAUUUCAUACAUGCACUCAGUAAUGUCCGCAGCUUCAAAGAGCUUAUUGAGGACUUCCAGGAAGCUACCGAGCGGGAGGCGACUUGGACCCCUAUCCUGCCUUCUUGGGAACGAUUUGAGACACACGGGAUUCACGAAUUGGAGGAUGUGAAGCUAAUGUUUGGCUUGACCCAAGUAACUGGCGGGAAAUACUUCGGUGAGACUACGGAGAUUGACACCGCUACUAAACUGAAAAGGGCGACAGCUGUGGCAUUGGAGUAUCCCGCCGAAAAGCACAGGCUGGUGACCGUAAAGGAAUGGUUUGCAGCUCGAUUUGGUGACGCAACUUUGUGCAAGGAAGACGGAACUACUCCGAAGCCCUCUGUUUGA